GGUUGGCAAGUAUUGACAGCCAUACGUUUGAUGUUACUCUAACCGUGGUAGGUGUUGCCAACGGAAGUUACAGAUCUGAAUCUGUCAAGAGCGAUACCUGAUGGAAAUUACAGGAUGGAUAGCAUGUUCAUUUUUUGCACUUUUAAAUUUCGCGGAAGUAUUUGGGAAUACCGAAACAUAUGAAUUUGGAGAGAAAUGCUCGGUUUUCUGGAAAUACUUGGAUGAGAAUGAUCGGAUUUACGUUGACUACAACGGAAAACACGUUGCAAGUUACUGUAAUGACUAUUCCUUCAAAGGAAAGGGAGAUGAAAUAUUAGAUGAAUAUGAAGUCUGCAUUACUCCUGUUAAUUUUACUGAUCCAGACUGUGCCGUACGAUUAGAUUAUAAAACUUCAUAUGCCGGAAGCACAUUACAGAGUGUAACAUGUACAGAAAAUAACAACAAGAAAUACUGUGGCCCCCAGGACGAAACUCUCUUCAUAUUUUUUAAGCAACGUAACAAAAAGGACACAUCAAAUGCCAAAUUUAAGCUACUUAUCACAACCAAAAAAGUAUUUGAUUAUGGCGUCUUCGUUGGCUCUAUCGUCGGUGGAGUAAUCGGUGGUAUUGUUUUGAUCUCUAUGCUGACUGGACUUGUUUGUUGGUGUGUGUGUAAGAGAAAGCCCACACAAGGACAGGUGUUAAACCCAAGUCAGGGAAAUCAAACUUCAGUGGUCAACCAACCAUUGUAUUCACAAGCAGCGUAUUCACAACCAGCUUAUCCACAAGCAGCGUACUCACAACCAGCUUAUCCACAAGCAGCGUAUUCAGCACAACCGGCGGGUAACAAUGUAACCCUCUAUCCGACAGCAAACUACGCAACACAAUAUUCAACAGGGUAUAAUACACAACCUCCACCUAGCUAUAGUACUGUGACGUGAUUUCAUUUUCUUGGGGAAUCUUUAUCUUCAUAUUUCAGUCCAGCUCCACUUUUAAAGUGAUAUUUAAUGAAAUUAUAAGUCUCAUUCGAAGUUUACCCUUGGUGUUUUGCGUAUACACUCGUCACCAGAAAUAAAUCCAUGUAUUUCCCACUUUAAGUAGAUACCAUUGCAUUGUGUUGAUUUUGUAUUUGCUACUAUGUAUAUGAGCAAUGUCGAACGAUGUAUUCAUGAUUGUAAAAUAUGUUGUAGACAUCUACCUGUAUCUAUCGCAUAGUAUCGGGUCUAUGUAUUAUUGCCUUAUUUCAGAUUAAUUAUGCACAACUGUUUUAUAGAUGUCUGCACUGGCUAUAACGUCACUGAACGGUAGAACAUCAAAUCCAUAGACCUUGAUCCGACCAUACAUGUAUAAUGGUUAGAAUAUGAGCUAUAUGUUGAUGAACAGAUCGAACCCUUAUACACAUAGUGUUUUAACAUAAAGCGGCAGUGUACUCCUU